CGAACCGCUUUUCGACGAGAAGGAAAGCCGGUUGUCACAUGUGGAAAAGAAUGAAGUACCACAAUCAUCUAUGCUUGACAGCUAUUCGGCUCAUUGCGUUCCCAACAGCGAAAGCUAACAUACAUGGCACCCCCUCAGGACUGCUAUUCGCGCUCAUGCAUCUUCAUCAGCGAACACUCUAAUGUUUGCAGCUCCUGCUGGAUCACUUGUAAACAAACACAUUACAAAACACGCGAGAUGCCGGGUGGCCCACCUUCAUAUGUUUGCCACACGCGAUCACCGGUAUUGUACAUUGCAGCCGCUACUUGGCGGGGGCAAGAUCUUCCGCAAAAUUAUAUCGGGCACAUGGCGUUUCUGAAUACCUAUCUUUGGCACUCGCUACGAAAUAUCACACAACGUUGCUUCUGAGUAACUUCACUCGUCUCGGACACGCGAAGGGCCGAUGACGUGCGG